AUGAGUGAAGACGUCAAACAGUCAAGAAGAAGGCAAAGCCUUUUCCUCUCCGCAACUCCUUUUCCUACUUGAACUGCUUAGUGUAGCCCCAGCUAGAUCCUCAAUGAGCGGUUUGGCUUUUUGCUCUGUCCUGCCAGUCAAGUGGCUUUCUCAAUUUGAUUCUGCUUCUCUUCGUCCAAUUUUCCAUAUAAACCUGCACGUCAUCCGUCAAUCCAACUGGUUUUGAACAUUGUUCAGGAUUAAUGUUCAUCUUUAUGCUGCCAUAAACGCUGUAAUCGAUUGUCAUUCUCUAAAACCAGUUGGAAUCUUUAUAUUCCUUUUAUAUAUGUAUGUUCUUAAGUUAAUGCAACUUGCAUGACUUAGAAUGAAGAAGAAGUACCGUAUUUCCUUCGACCGAUCCUAAAUAAAUUUUAACAUUUUAAAAUCUUUUCGACUCAGAAAGUGAAAAAGCACCAUGGCAGCUUGUUUUUCAAAUAUUCUUCUUGUAUUAUUAUCGGGUUGAGUUCCCUCUAAUUGAUUGGAGGCAAUUUGUAACUCUUCUGAGUUGAUGAAAUCACCGUUAUAUAGAUAUGUGUAUAUAUAUAUAUAUAUAAAUGAAAAAUAAGUCCACCUUAUCAGUUCCUCGUGUCAUUUUCCAACAACGAAAGAGUUUUCAUGGCAAGUUCGUAAUUUGAACUUAUCCUUGCCAGUUUAAGCUUCUUAAAAUAUUAGACCCAUAUCAGCUAAGAGGAGCUCUCAUAACGGCCACAUGGCCUCCUUCACCUUCGACACUCUGCAGCAAAAACAUUGCUCUUCUAUCAUUCUCUGUAAGUACCCAUCCUCUUUAUCCCCAUCAUCCUCAUCUCUUAAUACCCUCAGUUUCCUUUGUUUGUCUCAUUUUCUUACCUUCUCUCCUCCGAAGCACACACCUUUUUGUGUACUUAAAGCACAUGUUAGCAACAUUCGAACAAAGAUAUCCAUUCAAAAUGAUCAAAGUCCCAUAAAGACUAUAACUUUGGGAGUUAGAAAAGAAAAUGGUCCUGGAUUUUCUUCUUUAAGGACUGGAGGUGAAAGGGUAGAGAGACAAUUGUUAAAUAAUAUUGUUGGUUCAGUACUGGAUGAAAAGAUUGACACGAAGGAUAAAAAUACAAGAAAGCGUUUGGGUUAUAAAAAAUGGAGGGACUUUGGCUCUGGAAAUAUGUCUACUAGGUAUAAAGGUGCAACUAAAGAGAGGAAAUAUAUGGAUAAUCAACUAAUUAGUGGUAGAAUGGAGAAAAAACCAAGAAAAGGUAGUGAUAAUAAGGUGAAAGAAGAGAAAAGUGGAAAAUGGUCCAAAAGAAAUAAAGGUGAUCCUCAAGAAGUGAAAUUUAGACUGGAGUUAGACAAAUGUUGUAAGAGGGGGGAUGUAAUGGCCGCAAUUCAACUAUAUGAUUUAGCUCAAAGAGAAGGAAUCAAGAUGGGGCAGUACCAUUAUACUGUACUUUUGUAUCUUUGUUCCUCUGCUGCUGCAGGUGUUGUUCAACCAGGAAAAAGUGGUCGUGGUGGUCGAGCCUCAAAUUCCUUAGCGGUCUCUGAUGAAGUUUCUAGUGCAAGUGUGGUGGAGUUCAGAGAAUUAAGAGAUAAAAAUGAUGUCGAUGCUACUGAAUCAGACACUAAGAUUUUGAAUAACGUGAAUAAAGUAAUUGACAGUGGUAGAAAUCCUGGAAGUAAAGAUAAAAUGGAGCUAAAAUCUAGUAAUAGAUUUAAUGAUUCAGAUAGCACUUCGAAUGAACGGAAGAAUUUAUCCCAGAUUCCAAUUGUUGUUAGUGAUUCGAACUAUCAACAAUUGGAAUGUCUAAGUUUCCCUGCAAAGAAUAAUGAUGGCAAAUAUCAUGAUGGUAAUGGAAUUCUGGUAAGUGAAGAUAUCAAAAAGUAUGCUCUUGAGAGAGGAUUUGAGAUCUAUGAGAAGAUGUGUAUGGAUAAGAUCCCAAUGAAUGAAGCAACCUUGACUGCUGUGGCUAGGAUAGCAAUGUCAAUGGGUAAUGGUGAUAUGGCCUUUGAUAUGGUGAAGCAAAUGAAGCUGUUGGGACUAAAUCCUAGAUUGCGGUCCUAUGGUCCAGCUCUCGCUGCCUUUUGCAGUAGUGGAGAUGCUGAUAAAGCAUUUACUGUAGAAAAACACAUGUUGGAUCAUGGUGUGCAUCCAGAAGAACCUGAGUUAGAGGCACUGUUAAGAGUAAGUGUCGAAGCUGGUAAAGGUGACAAAGUUUAUUAUUUGUUGCAUAAGUUGAGAACUAGUGUGAGAAAGGUCUCACCCUCAACUGCAAAUAUAAUUAUUGAAUGGUUUAAAAGCAAGGCAGCUUCAAGAGUGGGGAAAACAAAAUGGGAUAAGAGGGUUGUUAAAGAGGCAAUUGCAAAUGGGGGUGGAGGAUGGCAUGGGCAGGGCUGGCUGGGUAAGGGAAAGUGGACGGUUUCUUGUUCAUCUGUUGGAGUUGAUGCAUUUUGUAAAUCUUGUGGGAAGAAGUUGGCUACCAUUGACCUUGAUCCUACAGAGACAGAGAGUUUUGCUGAAUCAGUUGCUUCUAUUGCCAUAAAGAGAGAAAAGGAUUCAAGCUUUCAAAAGUUUCAAAAAUGGCUUGACUAUUAUGGACCCUUCGAAGCUGUUGUAGAUGGAGCUAAUGUAGGUCUUCUUGGCCAAAAGAGAUUCAUUCCAUCCAAGAUCAAUGCCAUUGCUAACGGAAUUCGCCAGAAGCUUCCUUCAAAAAAGUGGCCACUUAUCGUUCUGCACAACAGGCGAGUCACUGGACACAAGAUGGAUGAACCAGUAAAUAAGUCAUUGGUUGAGAAGUGGAAACAUGCCGAUGCACUUUAUGCAACUCCUACUGGAUCAAAUGAUGAUUGGUACUGGUUGUAUGCAGCUAUAAAGUUCAAGUGCUUAAUCGUGACCAAUGAUGAGAUGAGAGACCAUACAUUUCAACUUCUAGGAAAUGACUUCUUCCCUAAAUGGAAAGAAAGGCAUCAAGUACAUUUCGGUUUUUCUGAUGCUGGCCCAGUUUUUCACAUGCCUCCUAGUUUUUCUGUUGUAAUUCAGGAAUCAGAGAAUGGCCACUGGCAUAUUCCGAUUGCAUCAGACACUGAUUAUGAACCAGAAAGAGCAUGGUUAUGCAUCACACGUGCUAAGUUACCUCUGCCACGGAAAGAUUCUAUCACUAUCAAGCCUGAAGAGUCCCAAUUUGUUAAACGAAGCAGUGGGCAAGCUAAGUUGCCUACAAAAACUAGAGUUAAAGCAAAGCAAGGCACAUUGAAUCAUGGAAGUGAUGAAGAUAACUCCCCUGAACAAGUCUACAAGAAUCUAAGAAAUAUUCUGUCGGCAUCUGGAUUCACAGAUCAUCGAACAGUCUUAUCAGAAAUUGAGGCAGCAGAGAAGCUUGGUGACUCUGUGAUUGACUUUCAGAUCUGAUGUUAAUGGUCUCUCCUUCAGGAUUUCAAAUGACACCUGCAAAAUAAACUUGGAAUUGUAAGAUCCUCAUACAACCAUGAAGCAAAUGCCGCAGGCCCAUUGCUUCAAAUUGUUCAUCUUCUGGCUGUUUUCUCGAGUUCCCAAGUCUCUUACCAUUCGGAGGUUAAUAUUUAGUCAGUUAAUUCUUUGAGUAACAAAUUUCUCAGAUCACCCUUUUAGGAAACCCCCUUGUAAAGUAUUUCUUUUACUUCCAUUUAAAAUGUAUUCCAGGUGAGCAAUAAUAUGGGCAAGGCACAUGCCCAUGGCAUUAAGGUGCUCAAAAAGACACAGAAGGCCUCAUUGUAUAUUACAUUUCCAAAUUAUAUUGUUCUAAAAAUGAUUCUUUUCAUCA